AUGACACAAAAGAAGGCCAGUGCAACCGAGACACGGUACAUCAAGCUGAAGGAGAAACACAGUGAGCUGAUCAAUACCCACGCUGAACUACUCAGGAAGAACGCUGAUACGGCCAAGCAGCUGACGGUGACCCAGCAGAGCCAGGAGGAGGUGGCCCGGGUGAAGGAACAGCUGGCCUUCCAGAUGGAGCAAGUGAAGCGGGAGUCGGAGAUGAAGAUCAUGCACUUGAAUAAAGGGUCCCCGGAAAGCAUUAGAGGGACCAGAGUUACCAAGCUGGAGAAGCUAAAGAGAGAGCUGGAGGGCCGAAAGCAGGAGAACUGGUCCGUGUCCAGGAGACAGCUGAGCCACAAGGAGCAGGAGUCUCUGUGCAGCACAGUAAGGCAGCGGGAGGCUGAGCUGCAGUCCGCGCAGAGCCUGGUGCAGGAGAAGGAGGCGGCCCUGAGCCGGGAGCAGGAGCGGAGCAGCCGGGAGAUUGGCGAGCUGCAGGGGGAAGCUGGCAGAGAAGGUAACCCCUGCCUCUUUUACCCAGUGAGAGUACUGGACCCGGAGUCAGGUUCAGAUCUCAGGAGGCUCAGCAGCAGGGGUCUGCAGCAGAGACUCCUAGAUGAGCAGCUCUCCGUGCUCCAAGGCGCCGUGGCCGAGGCAGAGAACACCAUGAGGGAUGCUGUGAGCAAGCUGGACGACCCCCCUGCACCUGCGCUGUACCAGCCUCUCCAGAGUACAGUGAAUUGGGUCCCCACCAUGGAAAGGCAGCUACUAGAAGGGUCCACGGGCCUGGCCAGGCCAGGAGUCGUGAUGAUGGGAAGAAGCGUCAGCUAUUACUUGGUGAACCGGGCCCAGGCUGCCCUGGAUGCCUUGAGUGCCCUGGAGAAGGGGCAGAUGAAGUACAUGGCAUCGAUGACCGCACUGGCCCAGUUUUCUCACCUGGCCGCGGACACCAUCAUCAAUGGGAGCGCCACCUCACAUCUGGCUCCCACAGACCAUGCUGACCGACUGACUGACACAUGCAGGGAGUGUGGGGCCCAGAGCCUUGAAUACCUAGGGCUGCUCAAGGACAGGCAGUCCCUGAAACAGGCCGACCCCAGCCGGAUGAGGGGCCCCCUCCAAGGCAUCCUCCAGCUAGGGCAGGAGCUGAAGCCCAAAAGCCUGGACGUGCGGCAAGAAGAGCUGGGUGACUUGGUGGACAAGGAGAUGGCUGCCACGUCAGCAGCCAUUGAAAACGCUGUUCGACGGAUCGAGGAUAUGAUGAACCAGGCCCGUCACGAGAGCUCGGGAGUAAAGCUGGAAGUGAACGAGAGGAUUCUCAACUCCUGCACUGACCUCAUGAAGGCAAUCCGACUGCUGGUGAUGACAUCCACCAGCCUGCAGAAGGAGAUUGUGGAAAGCGGGAGGGGGGCAGCAACCCAGCAGGAAUUCUACGCCAAGAACUCACGCUGGACUGAAGGCCUCAUCUCGGCAUCCAAGGCUGUGGGCUGGGGAGCCACCCAGCUGGUGGAGUCUGCUGACAAGGUGGUCCUGCACACGGGAAAGUAUGAGGAGCUCAUUGUCUGCUCCCACGAGAUUGCAGCCAGCACAGCCCAGCUGGUGGCUGCCUCCAGUCUGGGAUUUCACAGUAUAGCUAGCGCCAGUCUUGCAGGAGGUGAUGGCUCCUGCUUGAUGGGUCCCCAUGGCUUUUGGCAGGUAAAAGCUGACAAAAACAGUAGGAAUCUCAGCAGGCUUCAGGAGUGCUCGCGGUCCGUGAACGAGAUGGCCGCCAACGUGGUGGCCUCCACCAAGUCAGGCCAGGAGCAGAUCGAAGACAAAGACACCAUGGAUUUCUCGGGGAUGUCGUUGAUCAAGCUGAAGAAGGAAGAGAUGGAAACUCAGGUGAAGGUGUUGGAACUGGAGAAGAAGCUGGAGAAUGAGAGGAUGCGGCUGGGGGAGCUCCGGAAGCAGCAUUACGCGCUGGCCGGGGUGAUUGACGAGCCCGUGGAGGAGGAGCCGCCGCCGUUCAGCCGCCCCGUGGCCAGCCCUCGACGGGGUAUCCUGAAGAAGCCCCCACUAGCUCAGAAGCCCACCCUGGUGCCCAAGCAAGACUACCAGCUCCAGAAGGAGGAUGGUGUCUACCAGGCCCGGCUUAUGAACUCUUAAGGCCACUCAGCUCUGACUUUGAAGAGAAAUGAGGCUGGGGAGGGGGAGCCCUCCCUGGUCCCAGGGCAAAUGGGAAGGCUCCCUCCUGGCUCCCCUUUACCCAAAUGGUCAAGGAGACAUCCCCCCCAGUCCCCAGGCCCUGCAGGGCUUGGGGAUGGGGAAGAAGAGUGGAUCCCAGAGCCAGGAGCUAUCUGUGUUUUAAACAGAUCCCAGCUGGAUAUCCCAUUUGCUGUGGCAUCUUCACCCCCAGUGGUUCUGAAACCCUGCAGGGCCGUCCACUUACUGGACCUCUGUGGUCAAGCAGGGGGUGGGGAGCAAACUGAGGACUUUGGUGGCUCAAGAGAUGUGCUGGACAGUUCUCCACCCUAGAUGUGAUUAUUUAUCUGCAAUAAGAAAAACUUCUUAACCCAGCAGGGUUCCCCAACUGACCCAAGCUGGAACCCUUCAGGAGAGACACGUUUUUAAAAUACGGAAUUACAUCUUUUCUCUACCAUUUUAUAUUCAGCGUGUUGGGUACAGGGGCUGCAUUAUUGGCAGGGGAUGCUUUGGGGAGGGCCUGGCCCUUUUCUGGGACUCUGAAUCUGUGAUUAUGGCUUGUUGCGGGGAGGAAAUAAACAUUAAACAGAAUCUCUAAGGAACUCA